ACAAUAUUAUUUAAAAACAACAAUGCAACUUCAAUAGUUUCGAAACGGAGUUUUUAACGCCUGGCCUUGCUCAAAACCUGUACUUAUCAUAUGGUAACAUCAUAGUUUCCACAAGUUGUGACCUUUUUCCUUUCACUGGGUCUCAGUAACCAGCAAUUUAAUAACCAACAAGUAAAUAUUUUUCCGAAAUAGUUGCCUGUUAAAGCUCGCGUAUCAAUUAACGUUGAGCUGAAGAUAUCCAAAUUACAGGGCCUGUGGGAUUGCAUUGCUUCAGAACUACAAUUCCCAUGAACACAUUGCCCUCACAGUAGCGCAGUUCUUUUCACGCAUGCGCAACAGGGGUAAUUGGAUAUCAAGUUGGCCAAAACAGCGGGUGAUAAAAUGCACAAGUUGAAGUCAUCGCAGAAGGACAAGGUUCGGCAGUUCAUGUCCUUCACGCAGGCGGGGGAGAGGACAGCUGUGUACUGCCUGACGCAGAAUGACUGGAAACUAGAAGUCGCCACAGACAACUACUUCCAGAAUCCAGAACUCUACUACAAAGAAUCCAUGAAAACCUCAGUAGACCGCAAGAAGCUGGAACAGCUCUACAACCGAUACAAAGACCCUCAGGAUGAGAACAAGAUAGGCAUUGAUGGGAUCCAGCAGUUCUGUGAUGACCUGACCCUGGACCCGGCUAGCAUGAGCAUACUGGUGGUAGCAUGGAAGUUCAGAGCAGCCACGCAGUGCGAGUUCAGCAGGAAAGAGUUCCUGGAUGGCAUGUCAGAACUAGGCUGUGACAGUCCUGAAAAACUUAAGGCAAUCCUUCCCAGACUAGAGCAGGAGCUGAAAGACACAGGGAAGUUCAAAGACUUCUACCAAUUUACCUUCAAUUUUGCCAAGAAUCCCGGGCAGAAAGGCUUAGAUUUAGAGAUGGCUGUGGCUUACUGGAAUCUAGUUCUCACAGGUCGCUUCAAGUUCUUGGAUCUGUGGAACCGCUUCCUGCUGGAACAUCACAAGCGGUCAAUCCCCAAGGACACAUGGAACCUCCUUCUGGACUUUGGCAAUAUGAUUGCAGACGACAUGUCAAACUAUGAUGAAGAAGGGGCGUGGCCUGUCCUAAUAGAUGACUUUGUGGAGUUUGCUCGGCCAAUCGUGACAGGGAGCAAGCGCAACAUGACAUAGUGUUUGUCCCAGCUUCAUGCAAUGAAUGGAGUUUGUGUUUCUCCCACUUUUCUUUUUCUGAAUGAGGAUUUUUUUAUACAAAUGAGCCAAAAAGAGACUUUAUCCCAAUAAGCCUGUCUGCAAAUUGUCGUCCAGAAUGUUCUUCCAACUGCAUCCAAUGCCUUGGUUGGGAGUGACCUGGAACACCAGUUCAAAGAGGAAAACUGGGCUGAGAUUUUUUUUUUUUUUUUUUUGGUUGACUGCAAAUGGACCGGCAAGGACAGACUUUUGGAUUGCAAUAUGGAAAUUAUGGUUACCCUGAUACUUGUCACUUAUGGGCAAAUAACCAUUGGGUGUGGCUUUUGAACUGCUGCUGUGGACAUGGCUCACUAACCUGCACCUUUGGCACAAUGAGGAAGGACAGUAACAGUGAGCUGUCAGCACACACAGAGGAUUAAGUUAUAGAUGCAGUAGGAUGUGGCCUCUUGCCUUGUCAAUGAAUGGAACAGUAUGUUAAAAAAUCUGCAUGUUAUUGUCAGCUAGCGUGAAGCGGUGCCAUGGACGUUGAGGAGGAAAAAUAUAAUCUACAUGAUUUUCACUGAGACUGCGAAUGUGUAGCUCUCUGACAAUCACACUGAGAGCAGAGGAAAAGGUGUGCUUGGUUGUCAUUGUAUGUAUGUAUGUGUGUGUGUGUGUUUGUUUUGAGGGGUUAAACAUUUAGCCUCUUUUACAAUACAAAGCUAAAUAUUUUAAUUUGGUUUUAUUACAAUGUGAAUUUAAGAAAUUCUGAUUCACCUUUAAUGAGCGACAGUGAAAAGUUCGGAUCAGAGUCUUGUACUCUGACUGAGAAUGGGACAGAGCAGCAUGCUUUCUGAGCUCAGCACCAGCACUACUGUUACAGUAAAGUACUGUACUCAUAGGAGUAAGAAUAGAUACGCUUUUAGAAGAACGAAAAUGUAUAACUGAGAAAACAGGUAAUUACAUUUAUAAUCAUGAUUAGUACCUGAAUCAUAUAGGAUCCUCAUUUUUAAAAUGCUACCGUGUUUUAUUUUUGGUUGACUUUAGUUUUGCAGUGUGUAAACUGCUGUACACAAAGAGGAAACUGACUGGCACGUUGACUGUUUUUUUUUUUUUUUUUAAUAUUAUUAUUAUCCAGGUGAUGAUGACUUGCCAACUCUACAAACUGCACUGAUUUAAACUUUUUCUGUUUUAGGUCUUUCUUUCAGACAGCACUGUAUACAGCUACCGAGCUAUUCAGUUUAUAUGACAGUAGGUUUCAGUUACAUGCGAGAAUUUUAACAUCCACAUCCCAGCCAAGAGUAUUUUAACUGUUUGUUUACACAGUUUGAGGUUUUAAUUUGAUGCUUUUCAUGGAUAAGCAACUGUUAUGCUAUGGUGGCAUGUAAACACACCAUUUAACUAUUACACAGAGGAGCAUGUCACACUCAUAGAGCACUGCUUGUGCUGCCAUCUAGGGGUGGCUAUGCGGUACAGCACCUCUCAAUGUACUAUCCAACACUACAUCACAGCUGGAUAUAGUGAAAAGUACAGCAGACCACACCUGACUAAAUCCAGCUGGGAUGAUAGGUGUAGCCAGAAGAUUUGAGCCUUCCAACCAGUAGAGGUCAAUUUACUCAUUAAGCAUAUUUAUAAACACAUUAACAACGCUAUAUAUGCUAAAUGCAUCCCUCUAAAGAGUGUGACAGAAAAUGGCGCUCAGGUACGAGUCAUCCUUUCCCAGUGAACAUCAGGCAGCUUCCUGCGCUCAUGUCAGUAAUCAUCAUGUUUUAUGGUCUAAACCGCAACCAGCAAGGCUGAUCUUGCCCUGCCAAUGAUAACACGUACGCCAUAUGUUGAAAUAAGGAUGGCUUAUUUCCCUGCACUAAAUUGCUCUGCCCUGUCAACAGCUCACUAUGGGGGAAAUAAUUGCCUUUUAUUUCCAUUAGUUUGGAAAACUUGAGUUUAAGUUCUCAUAUUUAUGUAUGUGUAAGUCAGUCCAAAACUAAAGUGGUGUGCAUGAAUGUUGUAUUUUAAGAGGUUGAGGCAAAUGAGGCAUAAUUAAUUCAUUUACAUUAUGCCUUCGGUCCUUGAUUGAAGGCAAAUGCAAAGAAAGCAGCUUCAUCAUGACUUAAAACACAAGGAUACACCGUAUUGUUCAUCUUCUAAACUAAACAUAAAGUGUAUUAUGUUUUUGUUCACUGACAUAUGCCAUAUUAAGUGUUUUUGACAGUACCAUGUUGUAUGUGCACAAUCCUGUGUUACAGCACAAGCUUGUUCACACACUUAUCAUGGAACAAGGCAGAUGGUCUGAAAUCAUCUUCCAGCUGAUUGUUGUUGACUUCAUGACAUGACACUGUCUGUGGCCCUGGAGCAGGAAAAUGUGACAUUCUUUAGUAUGCUAGAGUGGUACAUUCGGUACGUUUUUUUUUUUGUUGUUGUUGUCAAAUGUGUGAUCAACUGUUUUUGGUCAUGCGCAUCAUUCUAUCAAAACAGUAUUAUUUUUCCUGGCGAGGAAACAGGUAUUGACAGAAUAUUAUGUUUUGUCACAGGAGCAUACAGUGCAUUGGUUUCUUAAAAAGGUUGUCAAUAAAGCAUGUUGUUUUUAA